AACCCGCUCGGCGGUAUCGCGCGUGGCGGACGGUUCGUAUCGCUUUAAACAGAUUCGAUCGAAACCAAUCGGUGGCUCGUACCCGUCCGCAGCCCGGUUCUCGUUUCACAGCCGCGUGAACAAAUCACUCGUUCCACCCCCAUGCGCGAAUGCGAGAGGGGAUCCUUGGCUCGCUGGAGCAGCAGGUAAGGACUCUCUCGCAGUUUCACGCCGGCCAUCGGAACCACCAGUGGUGCUUUCGCGCCACCAUUCGCGGUAAUCGUAAUCCUAAUUGCUCGCGGACUACGCAGGAGGACAAUUUCGGCUUUGCCUUACGAAAUAUCACGCUUUUCUCCUCGGUUCCCGCAAGCUCUAUUUUUCACUAUUUCCCGAGAGAUAGAGAAACGCGACGACCGCUGUGUUCCAUCAUUACGAAUUCGCGAGGUUGAUUAAAUUGUUAAAAACGCUCUGAAUAAUUAAUUGGAAAUUAAUUAAAAUUCCGUUGCGGACGGGAAUACCCAAAUUACCCAGCCCGACUGGCGCUGUAAUUUUACGAUUUCGAGGAGGUCCUUCGCGAGAGAGAGAGAGAGAGAGAGAGAGAGAGAGAGAGCGAGAGAGAGAGAGAGAGAGAGAGAGAGAGAGAACGGAGCGAUCUUGAGAGAAUUGCCGAUGGCGAGCACGAGCGACAACGCGACCUCCGUGGAGUCCUCGAAGAAAUCCUUGGACCUCGCGAGGAAGGAGUUGCGCUCGUUAUUGGGCAAGAUGGACGAGCUGCGGCUCCCCGUUAAAGCGUGGCAGCUACUCCGCGCACGUUCCCGAUUGAGAGCAACGCGGAUGAAACUACGCGCGAGGCACCUGUGGAUCUUGCUGAUCGCCACGUGGAUGACGGUGCAAGUCGCGCGGAACCGCGCGCAGACCUAUCGAUACAACAAGUGCUUGAUACCGAUGCCGAUGUUUACGCAAAAAGUUUUCCGCCCGCCAGAGGACUGCUCGAUCUGCCAGGACGUUCAACAGGUUGACAAGCUCGCCGCCGUCGAUCCAACGAUUUUCGAGCAACGCUACGCGUACUCCGGCAAGCCGGUGGUGAUCACAGACGCCAUGGUGAACUGGACCGCGCCCAAGGUGUUCUCCUUCUCGUUCCUCAAGACGCUCUAUCACGGCGAGGACGCCAAUUGCCAGUUCUUCCCGUACAAGACGGAGUUCCGGAGCCUGCAGGACGUCUUCGACAUGAGCGUCAGUCGAGCCACGAUGGAGAAGGGCACCAAGCCCUGGUACGUCGGAUGGAGCAAUUGCGACGACAAAAUCGGCGCUAUACUGAGACAGCAUUAUCACAGGCCGUACUUCCUUCCCGCCACCGCGGAGAGCGAGAAGACCGAUUGGAUCUUCAUGGGGAGCCACGGAUAUGGCGCCCCGAUGCACGUGGACGACGUGGAGCAUCCCUCCUGGCAGGCGCAGAUAAAGGGUGAAAAAUUGUGGAUUUUGGAGCCGCUGCGCGAGUGUCAUUAUACGUGCAAGAGGCUGGAAGUGAUAGUGCAGCCCGGCGAAAUAAUCGUCCUGGACACCAAUAGAUGGUACCAUCAGACGAAAAUCGUGUCCGAGGACAUGAGCAUCACCAUCGGAGCGGAAUACGAUUAAAACGCUACGAAUUGUUGCAUAAUAAUUUUAUGGCUCGUUAGCUCGUGUGUUCGCUCUCGUUGUAGCGAUGAUAAAUGCAAAAUAAUCGGCGCGACGAGCCGAACAAGAAAGUCCAUGUGUGUAACGUACGAAUCUAAUAAACGCAAUAGUAGAGCGUACCGCAGUCGAAAUUCUCGUUCCACAUCGAUCCUGCAAAUUCCGAGUCGAACUCGAAGGGUCAAUGAAGAAUCUCGAGGUAUCUUGGCCUACCUGGACGCUGCAAACGGCUACAAUCUGCUUGUUGCUGUUUUCUUCGUGUUAAAGAUGCUCCAAGGAACUCGGAGAAACUCGAGCAGGAAUUGCGCUCGUUCAAGAAUGAUUCCAGGCUUCAUUUUUAUGUCUUACUUACAUUUGUCUUCAUCCGCUUAACUUGACACGCUCGCCCACGGCCCAGUUACAACAGCGAAAUGCAAAAGCGAAAAUAUAAAGUUGAAUAUUUUUCGUCCGUGUUCACUUUAUCAAAGUAAAUCUGUUUUAAACUGACAUUUAGAAAUUACAAGGCAAUUUGCAAGGGAAAUUCCCAACGAUGAAUAAUAAACUCUGUCAGCGAACGUGUCAAGUCAGCAAUGUAUCAAUUAUAUAAUUACUCAGCUGCGCAGAUGAAAUGAGGGGAGGGUAAACAUCAGAGGAUU